UUUUCCCCCUAAUUUUUUGACGCCAUCUUUUUCCCUAUGUCCCUUCCUCCUCCUGCUUCCUUUGGAAGCUUUGACGGAAGGAGAGAAUUUUCUUGAUUCGUCUCUUGCUUUGACAAAUCUCACAUCUUCCCCGCCGGGAGACUUCCGAUUCCGAUCCGGAAUCGGAGGAGGAGGUGUGGAGAUGCCGAUUGAGAUGCCCAGAGGCCUGCCGUUCUCGGUGGACACGUGGACCCAGGCUUCGCAGAGGAAGCGGCACCAUUUCCUCACGCACGCCCACCGGGAUCACUCUGUCGGGAUCGCCAAUUUCACCAACCGGAUAUACUCUACUCGCCUGACUCAGUCGCUCGUCCUUCAGCACUUCCCUCGGCUUGAUGGUUCGUUGUUCGUGAACAUUGAGGUGGGGCAAUCGAUCGUUAUUGAUGAUCCCGAUGGGCAGCAUUUUACGGUGGCUGCUUUCGAUGCCAAUCAUUGCCCCGGAGCUGUAAUGUUCUUGUUUGAGGGCGAGUUUGGUAACGUUCUGCACGGUGAUUGCAGACUCACCCCUGAGUGCCUGCAAAACUUACCAGCAAAGUACGUUGGCAGAAAAGGAGAAGAGCCCAUGUGCCGACUUGAUUAUGUUUUCUUGGACUGUACGUUUGGUAAAUACACACAAAGGAUGCCCAGCAAAUAUUCAGCGAUUAGACAGGUACUCAACUGUAUAUGGAAGCACCCUGAUGCCCCAGUAGUUUAUUUGACUUGUGACCUACUCGGUCAGGAGGAAAUUCUAGAUGAGGUGUCGAGGACUUUUGGGUCCAAGAUAUAUGUGGAUAAAGUUGUCCACCCGGAAUUUUUCCAAGCUUUGUCCCUCACAUAUCCAGAAGUACUCUCUGGAGACUCAUCUUCACGGUUCCAUUUGUUCGAUGGGUUCCCCAGAUUUUACGAGAGAGCAAAAGCGAAGCUUGAAGAGGCAAAAGUGAAUUCCCAGCCCGAGCCUCUUAUAAUCCGACCUUCAACACAGUGGUAUGCAUGCGAGGAGGAGUCCUCGCAGGCAGACGUCAAAAUGAGGCAGAAAUUUUACGAAGAAGUUAAGGACCAGUUUGGUGUUUGGCAUGUCUGUUAUUCAAUGCACUCAUCCAAGGAAGAGCUCGAGUGGGCCCUGCAGCUAUUGGCGCCUAAGUGGGUGGCCUCGACAACACCGAAUUGCUGGGCUAUGGAGUUGGACUAUGUUAGGAAGAACUGUUUGGCAAGUAAAAUUCCUACGAACGACCCUUUGUGGAAGAUUUUAGAUAUUGGAAAGGGAACCCCAUUAGAUACCGAGGACACUUGUGAAGACGUGCAUUGCUCAUCGUCACAAGUGAUUGCAGAGCUAACUCAAACUUCUGUUGCAGCAGAAGUGCAGCAUCAAGGGAAAGUGUCCAUGAUUAGGAAAGAGUUGAUCAAUUCGUCUCCUCCAUGUAAACGGCCGAAUCUGACCUUAUUCGGCAGAGCCAGACUUGGCACUCAAGAUUCUACUAAUUCUUCUCCACUGAAAGAAGUGAGAAGCCCUCGCCCAAAUGGGAGACCCCCACAAACGGUUCAGGUGUCGAACAAAUUAGAAGAUGAAGUCUCAUGCCAAGAGAGAGACGCCAAAUGGAAUUGCGAGGAACUGGAGGAAAGACAGGAAGAGGAGGCAGAUGUUAAAGAGGUACAUACUCAGAUUUCAGGUGAGAAAGAGCGCGAAAAUCGUAAGGCUUUCCCUUCCUCUCCUGUAUGGUUGUCGAAGAGCUUUAGCGACAGCUUUAGAAAGUUGUACAGAUCAAGGAACGUGCCUGUGCCACAGCCUCUUCCUUCGCUAGUCGAGCUUAAUGCCAGCAGACGCACCAAGAGGAGUUUCUGAGAGUUCUCAUUGAUCAUUUAACCAUUUAUUGGAGACUUCCGCCAGGAAGCCUCCCUUCUCGGCAGAAUCUUGCCCAUACCAUAUAUAUGUUCUUGUUGGACGGCUUCAGCCUGCUGUUCGGUAAAGAAGCGCAACUUGCACUCGAGUUGGCCCCAAUUGAGAUUCGAUCGGCUCAACAGCAUGCAUUGUCGGUCUACUCAAGACCGAAGAGUUCAAAUUUUUUUUUUUUAACUCUUAUUAAUUUUAUACUUGAUUGAUGUUUUAGCAGCAGCAUAUACGCUGAUUGGAUGUACAGCUACAGGGAGCUGCAACUGUAUAGCUGUAAACUGUUGAAUUGGUAAACAUUCUUAAACUUUUUUUUUUUAAUAAGGCAUCGCCUUCGUUUGCCUUC